GGUGGGCUCAGCUUCGUUGGCAUUGACAUUUCUGAAACACAACAAUAAUUCAACAACCUCAGCUCAUUCUUAGCAUUUAGCAAUAACACUUCUUCUUUGUUCUUCAGGCUUCUACUGUGCAUCCAUGGAUAAUAGUUUAAACCUAGCAGCCAUACCCGCAUUUCACAAAAAGGAAAGGACAACCCACGAAAAAACUGAGGGUGAAAACGCAGUGCAUGAAUCUUUAGUGGGUAUCCGACGAGGAAGGAGACCGGAGACUCACCGCAAAACAAGAAGGAAUAGAAGAAAAAUGAAGAUUCAAGAAAAGGAUCAUGGGGUGAUGAGUGGAAGCAGUCAAGAUGAUGAUGAUGAGAAAGAAGAAGUGGAGAGAAAGAUUUGGGCAUUGCAGAGGAUAGUGCCUGGAGGAGAGUCACUUGAGGUUGACAAGUUAUUUGAAGAGACUGCUGGUUAUAUAUUGGCUUUGCAGUGUCAAAUCAAAACCAUGAGGGUUUUUGCAAGCUUUCUAGAGGGGAUGGAGAAGGAGAAGAGCAAGUUGGGAGGUUAAAAUUAAGGGUUCUUCCUACACUAGUGGGUUUAAUUAAUUCCCCCAUAUUUCUUUUUAAAAUAUUUUUAAUCAUAUUGUGAGGUUUUUUUCCCCUUAAUUUUUCUCUUUUUAAAUUAUGUUUUUUUUUUUCCAA